AAAGACCACAAUUAUCGACCAACUCCGCUUCGUCAUUGUCUGUUUAGUGACAGCGUUUUAAAGAUGAGAGUCGGAGCCCACUAUACAUUUGUUCCCAAGCACCAUCUUUGUUUCCAUCGCCGACGACAGUACCAAAUAUUCAAGUUGCCAUGAGCUAUAGCGUGAAUCCAACGUAUCCUCUCAUCCCCGUUGUCUCUUUCUUGGGUUUCUUCCUUGUUCUCAUCCCCUUCCCAUGGCACCUACAAGCAUGGAAUGCAGGCACUUGCGUCUAUAUGAUCUGGGUAGCCAUCUCAUGUCUCAUCCAAUUCGUGAACUCCAUCAUCUGGCGUAACACCGCUUUGAAUGUUGCACCCGUAUGGUGUGAUAUCUCAACCAAAUUGCUCAUUGGAGCUAGUAUUGGCAUCCCUGCCUCCGCGUUGUGCAUUAGUCGUCGCUUGUACAGUAUAGCUGUCAUGAAAACCGGGUUGGCAACAUAUCAGGAUAAAUGGCGUGUCGUCAUGAUUGAUCUUUCCAUAUCAAUCGGUAUCCCUGUCAUAGUUAUGGCACUUCACUACAUUGUUCAAGGUCACCGUUUCGAUAUCCUUGAGGAUGUAGGUUGCUGGCCAGCAAUUUACAAUGUAAUACCAGCAUAUUUCCUGAUCUACAUGUGGCCUUCGCUACUUGGCUGUAUCUCUUUCGUUUACUCUGGCCUGACUGUUGCUGCAUUCUAUAAACGUCGUAUGGCGUUCAACUCACUCAUAUCAGGCAACAAUUCGAUGAACGACAACCUUUACAUCCGUUUGAUGAUACUAUCGGUCGUCGAUAUGGCUUUCACUGUGCCAAUUAGUAUCUACAGUGCCUAUAUCUCCGGCACGAGCAUACCCCUCCAACGAUGGGUAUCUUUUUCAAAUACCCAUUACAAUUUCUCGCACGUCGGUCUUAUUCCUGCGGCCGAAUGGACCAGCAAUCCAAUCUACAAACGAUCCAUCGAUUUGACGCAGUGGCUCUUUCCGGUUUGCGCCUUGGCGUUCUUUGUUCUCUUUGGCUUCUCAAGUGAAGCGAGAAAAUACUAUCGGUUAUACUUCCUAUGGAUUGCAAAGCGCUUUGGCUACAAUCCUCCGGUAAUGCAGACGUCGACGUCGCAUGCUCCCAGACUGAAAGGCAAAUCCGCUGGUUCACUGCCCGUUUAUAGUACCCCUGCCCCUCCUCGAAUCAAACUCCAGUCAUCAUUUACGCCUAUUUUCGACCUUAUGACCUCCGGCGUUUACCAAGACGUCGAGAAGCAUGCUGACUAUCCAUCGUCGCUGCCCCCUUACUCCAAAGCAACAUGUGCAGUUGACGCCGACCUCGAAAGACCAUCUGAAGUUCAUCCCUGGCAAUCAUCGCAGACGCGCCGCACGGAGCGUUAUGUUAUCCCCGCAUAUCACCGUCCUUUUUCACCACCCAGCCUGUACCCUGUCGCUGUUGACCCGGACAGCUCUAUGUGGCCAUCAUCUGCGUCCGUCGCAAUCGUACGAAACCACACCACCCGUGGAUAUCUAUGAACUGUCGCUCAUCUUCUGUUUGCUUCAUGAUGUGUGUAUUACUAUCAUUAUAUUUCACCGUCGUUUGACUGGCUUACUAUGUUCGUUUUUCAUCCUUUGUACUAGAUUGACAAAUAGUCCUACAGCACACUACUUCGACACUCCUUAUCCCGCCUAAGUACAUAGUAUGGCGUUAAGUAAAACAUAUGACAUUAUUAUGAUUAUGAUUAUGAAUAUAUGACGUUAUGACAUUAUGCCUUUUUUCCAAUGCACAUGUCUAACCGGUCUGAAUGGAAAAUAUGGACGAUAUCUAAGAUUAUAAUCAUUGGGCUGCCAGUAUACA